CGCGGGGUCGGGGCGCGGCGCGCGGGCGCAGGUCUAUGUCGCGGGCAGCGGCGGCGGCGGCGGCCGCGCAGGGACGAUGCGCGAGUACAAAGUGGUGGUGCUGGGCUCGGGCGGGGUAGGCAAAUCCGCCCUGACCGUGCAGUUCGUGACCGGCACCUUCAUCGAGAAAUACGACCCCACCAUAGAGGACUUCUACCGCAAGGAGAUCGAGGUGGACUCGUCGCCGUCGGUGCUGGAGAUCCUGGACACGGCGGGCACCGAGCAGUUCGCGUCCAUGCGGGACCUGUACAUCAAGAACGGCCAGGGCUUCAUCCUGGUCUACAGCCUGGUCAACCAGCAGAGCUUCCAGGACAUCAAGCCCAUGCGGGACCAGAUCAUCCGCGUGAAGCGGUAUGAGAAGGUGCCAGUCAUCCUGGUGGGAAACAAGGUGGACCUGGAGAGUGAGAGAGAAGUGUCCUCUAAUGAAGGCCGCGCCUUGGCCGAAGAGUGGGGCUGCCCCUUUAUGGAGACUUCUGCUAAGAGUAAAACCAUGGUGGACGAACUCUUUGCAGAAAUUGUGAGGCAGAUGAACUAUGCCGCUCAGCCUGACAAGGACGACCCGUGCUGUUCUGCCUGUAACAUACAAUAGCAUCGAACAUGGCUGUCCUGGACAGGACUUGUCUGGACUCGUAGGCACCAGCAACCUGUCUACCCCAUCGCGGUUUGUAGGAUGGGUGGUGUGAAUCCACAGUGCACCGCAGCCCUCAGGCUGGAUGGUCAGUUGAUGCCUCUGAGUCCCUGUGGGUCCAGUGACUGCAGUCUCCACCACUGUCCUGAGUCUUCUGUGCAUCUGCAACCUGAAGGCACACCGCUGAGCUACAGGGUGAUCUCAUUUGAAGUGAUGAUGGUACUGCCACUGAGUUGGCAGACGCCACUGUUGUGUUAAUUAAAAAUAAUCAGGAGAGAAAAACCAGAGGAAUUCCUAUAACCACUAACAAUUAAAAUAUUUUGUUGUCUUUAAAAAAAAAAGGUAAAGGAGAAAUAUUUU